ACCACAACCACAACCACAACCACAACCACAACCACAACCACAACCACAACCACAACCACAACCACAACCACAACCACAACCACAACCAUGUCCGCGCCCCUCGUCCUCCCACGUCCAGGCACCUCCUCCCCACCCCGGACCGCCAUCCCCGGCCCCUCAGAAUCCUCCUUCACAGCAACAUUCGGCGCCCUUUUGCCAGCUGCGGAAUACAUCCAAACCGACCUGGGUCGGGCGGCGUACUACGUCUUCCCGCGCAACACCUCUCCUCAACCAUCCAGUUCACAAACAUCCCCUCCCACCAGCCCCGCAAAAGUCCUCCUCAUCCACGGCGUGCAGACCCCCGCGCUGGGUCUCCUCCCACUAACCACCUCCCUCCGUACCCGGUUCCCAGAUACUCAGUUCGCGGCGCUCGAUCUCUGGGGCCACGGACUCUCCUCCACGCCUCUCUCGCCACACACCGGAUCCCUAUUCCACGCGGAAAUCGACGCGGUGCUGACGGCGCUGGACUGGAAAACUACCCCGGUUAGUAUCGUGGGCUACUCGUUCGGCGCCGUACUAGCAAUGGGCUGCGUAACCGCGCUACAAGCAACAAACGCGAUCGAGUCGCUCGUGCUGAUCGCGCCCGCGGGACUGCUGAGGCGCGAAUGGUUCACGCCCGCGCAGCUUACCUUGCUGAGCACCAACUGCUCCGCGGAGCUUGAAGCGCAGGCAGCCCAGUUCGCGAUCGAGACGCUGGAAGGCGGGCCCCUGAGCGUGCCGGAGGGUUGGCGGGAGAGAGUGGAGCGUGGCGAGGUUGUCGCGCAGGCUAUCAAGGCGUGGCAGAUGGAGAAGCAUGCGGGGCACGCGGCGAGCGUGGUGGGCGUGUUCAGGGACGGCGGGUUGUUUGAUAACGAUGAGUUGUUUGUCCGGGCCAGGGCGACGGGGAUUCCGUCUUUGGUUGUGCUGGGUGAGAAGGAUGGGCUGAGUACGGAGGAGGAGAUUGCCGAUUUUGGCUUUGAUGUCAACGUCGUUCCGGGAGCCGGGCAUGCAGUGGUGCGGGAGAAUGCUGAGGAGGUUGCUGAGUAUAUUCGUAGGUUUUGGCAGGGGUUGUGAAGUACGAAGUAGCGGGAUUUGCGAUCGAGUCUGUCAGCGUUGGGAAAUGCACGACGAUCACUGCGAGGUGAUGGACUGCGUGAGCAACUGUGGUUCUAAUACAGAUCCAACUAAGAAGAUACCUAUCCAGGCAUUGGCUGUCGCAAGCCAGUUCCCAACUCGCCAUACUCCGUCUCUUGAGUCCCACGGACACGUUUGUCCAGCUCAAAUCCAAGAUCACGCCCAAAACACACCCAUCCCCGGACAAUCUGAAACCAUUCGUCGACUCCUCGCUCCUCUGCACUUGUCGAUCGCCGCUGCUACUCCUUCCUCCUUCUUCUCCUACAUUUUCC